AUGGGGUAUGCGUAAUGGGAGGAACAUUAGGGAGGCUAUGAAGAGGAUUCUGGCAGCGAGCACAACAUGGGCCCUCGCGACCCUCGGCGUGAAGCAUGCCUGCAUCGCAAGGGAGAGCAGCCCAUAUUUUUGGGAGGUGACCCCGAUUAGUGGCUCAUGCGUGCCGACCGAUUCUUCGAGCUCAACCCCACCGAGGAACGAGACCAGCUGCAUCUCGUCAUGACACAUCUCGAGGGUACGACAUAAUCGUGGUUCCCUUACUAGAGCCACAUUGAAGGGUUCACGGUUUGGCGUGACUUCACCAAGCAGUUCUCAUAAUGGUUUGGUCCUUCUACGACCGUCCCCUGGCCUAACAGAUGGCUCUAAAGCAGAUGGGCAUAGUCAAAGAGCUGAUCAUCUAAUUUGAAGAGAUUAGCGGGUUUCUUGGCCCACAUGGACCGUGAGGUGCUUGACCCUCACGGACAUUGAGUUCCAACGGCGAAAGGCACAAGGACUAUGUUUCUCCUAUGAUGAGAAGUUCACUCUAGGCCAUUGUUGCAAGAGGGAGCUCAACCUCAUAGUCAUCUACGAUGACAACGGUGAGACACGGGUUGGUGAUGAGGAGGACACCAUUCAAGGCCGAUGAGCUGCCGGAUCCAAAAGAUGACUUCAAAGGCACGGACAUCUCGUUGCACGCCAUCUUGGGUGUUUCGUCAAUUGGCACCCUCAAGAUGAAAGGGAGCAUCUACGGCUGCGAGGUGGCAGUCAUGGUGAAUGGCAGGGCUUCACACAACUAUAUAUGCCGACAACUCACUGCUCGCUUGCAAUUGCCAAUGACCGGGACCCAAUCAUACCACAUCACCUUGAACGACAACCGAACAACCUUCGAUGAUAGGGUGUGUUGUGAUGUGCAGGUGCUGAUCCAGGGGUACAUAGUCACACAUGACUUUCUCCAAUUGGACAACAUCAGCAUAAAAAUCUUCUUGGGAGUCGAGUGACUUCGGACACUAAGGUGGAUCACCAUCAACUACGACCUCCUCCUGCUCUAUUUCUGUGUAGACAGUAUGAACCACACGCUGCUGGGGGGAACCAUCGACGAGCAAGCGACCAUGGCAGGGGAAAGCCACAUGCCUCAUGAAGAUGGCCAGUACAGGAGAACUCUACUAUACGUCAGUGUUGACAAUGUUGGCGCUAGCGACUGAGGCCCAUGGAGCAACCCUUGGGCCUUAUGGUAUGACUUCCUCGAGGUUUUCUCCGACAAAUUUAUCUUUCCACCACCCAAGGCCCUCGACCAUGCCAUCAUCUUGCAAUCGGACUUGGCACUAGUGAACUAGCGGCUGUAUCGAUACUCACAUCCCUAUAAGAAUGUCCUAGAGCAGCUAGUAGUGGAGUAAUUGGUGCACAAGAUUAUUCAACCCUCUUACAGCCCCUUUGUUAGCCCAGCCCUCCUAGUGGAGAAGAAAGAUGACUUGUGGCAUUUUUACGCGGACUACCACAGCCUAAACAAGCUCACUGUCCCCAACUGUUUUCCCAUCCUGGUUGUCAAUGAGUUAUUGGAGGAACUCCACAGUGCCACCCUCUUCUCCAAAUUGGACCUUAAGUUGGGGUAUCACUAAAUCCACAUGUAUAGGGAGGACAUCUGGAAAAUUGCAUUCUGGUUGCACAAAGGUCACUAUGAGUACCCGGAGAUGUCAUUUGCAUUGACUAAUGAACCUUCUACAUUUCAGGCCUUAAUGAAUCUCAUUUUCUAGCUAUACUGACGACAUUCCGUUUUGGUCUUCUUUGACGAUAUCCUAAUUUCAACCAAUCAUCGACUAAUUAUGGGGCUCACCUCCAGAUCAUAUUAGCACUUCUUUGAGACCAUCAGCUAACAAUCAACUUUAAAAAGUGCUCUUUCUAUCAAGGGCAGCUAGAAUAUUUGAGACAUUGGAUAUCAACAGGUAGGGUGAUGAUCAACCACAACAAAGUCUAAGAUGUACAAACUUGCUCUCCCUCCAAUAAACUAAAGGUAGUUGUAAUGAUUUUUAGGUCUGGUUGAAUUAUAUGUAUUUUGUAGAGGAUUACAUGAAGAUAGUUUGACCACUCACUCAACUUCUAAAAAAAAUAUUUUCAUGUGGUCAAAAAUAGCUCAACAGGUUUUCGAAGAGUUGAAGUAAGCCUUAUGCUCAACCUUACUGUUGGUAUUCAACUUCUCUCAACCCUCUAUUCUUGAGAUUGAUCCUUCAAGUGUCAAGGUUGGCAUGGUUUUGAUGCAACAAGGGCACCUCAUACCUUUCUACAACAAGGUCCUCCUUAUCAAAGAUUGUACCCAAUUGACUUAUGAGCGAGAACUCAUGGCAAUUAUUAUGACAAUCCAAAAAUGGAAGCAUUACCUGAUGUUUCAAACAUUUAUCAUCUGGAUAGAUCAAUACAAUUCAAAAUACAUGAUUGAGUAAAAGGAGGUGUAUGCACAUUUGACAUGACUUAGUUGUUGUAUAGUAAAUCACACAAAUUUAAAAUUUAUAAAACUAGAAAAUAUGAAUUUUUGAAUAUUUAGAAGUAUUUCUGAACAAAUAUAUCAAUUAUAAUUCAACAAAACUUCCAAAAAUACCGAUAAUUUUCUAAGUCAAUCAUAGGGAUGUAAUAUAAUAUCAGAUAAUUAUUCAAAAGUUUUCUCAAAGAAUAUUAUUUUUUAUGAAUUUAAUACUAAGAAAUAAAAAUAAAAUAUAUUUAAAAUUCACAAAAAAAGGAAAUAAGGAUGCGGACGUCAGAUGACAUCAGUGCCUAGCGAAUGUGAAUCGAGCAAAAACAAAGUUUCACCCAGUGAUUCUUACGUAAGUGAUUACACACGAUUUAAUUGAUCAAACUAAGAUUUGUAAAAUUCAGAAGAAUCAUAAUAGAAUAAAGUAUAUCUUGGUAAAUUUAAAUCACACAAAUUAUCACUAAAUGAAGUAAAAAUUAAGUUAAAAGUAAGAAAAUAGAGUUCUGGUGUCGCGACGGUGAUGCGUCGAUGAUGCACUAGAAUUUUGAGCAUUCGAGAGGAUCGUCAUACAGUGUUCAUGACCUUGAAGGUUCUCCUUGGACAAGGAUGAUGUGGGCAAUCUCUAGAUUUCUUUACAAAGUCUAAGAUCAAUGAAAUGAGUCAUCAAAUCAUUUCCGUCAGUUGUUACUCAAUAGAGCAGAAAAAUGACGAGACUUUGUAGGUCUUUAGCAAUUGUCACCUGACGGAAAGAAGCUGGAUGGAGGUGGGUACAUGUCAGGGAGCUUUAUCCUUAGUUCUGCGCAGCAAGAUGAGGCUUUUCAUCGCAUCUGGUACGCUCUCAAGAGGUGGCGACUUGUCUUCCAAUGGAUUGUCCUCUUCUUAACGACGGCUUGUUCGUCAAUCAAUCAGAGAUGCUUUACUCAAUGAAUUCACGAUCCUUUUAUUGUGAUUAUUUAACAAUUUUAGUAACAAUGUUCCACGAAUCACAUUGACGAGAUUUUAGCCGAUGAUCCAACGAUCCUAGUUGCUUAAUCCUUCACCAACAAUAUGUAGGAAAGUCGCGAUAAUCAGAUAAAAAAUAUGAGUUUUGGCUCUAGGAGGAUUCAAACCCGUGCUAGUUGCUUGCCCUUUCUAGGGAAGGUGUGACGUGGAUUUAGUCUCACAUCGUUUGUGUGCUGAAGUUUUUAGUGAAUAUAUAGUAAUAUUAUAUUUUUGAUCAAGUCCCUUUCUCGUGUGUGUACGACCACUCCUUGCCCCAUAGCCAACUAGCCAUUGGUGACGUGGAAGGGGAGUGGCACACACGUGCCCCUAUCAGUCUUAGCCGCUCAAUCCCUUAUUAGCAACUCCUCCUUGACUGCACUUCUAACCUGCUUGCGGGCCUAGCUAGGUGAUGAGUCCCCUCGAUUUUAUUAUAUUUAUAUUUUUAUUUCUUUUUUUAUUUAUCUCAAAAGUAAGAUUGUAAAAAGUAUAUAAAUUCGUAUAAAAUCACAUAAUUACCCAAAAAAUUAUGUUAAUCAAUUAAAAAUCACUUUUCAUAUUUUAAUGUAAAUAUAAGUUUAUUUAUCCUGAGUUAAGGCUAAAACUAUAUUAUUUAUUAAUUAUUAACUCAUGAUAAUGAAGACUUAUUUGCCAAACUUAUAAGUUACUCAUUUACAAUUCACUACAAAGAAAGACACCAAAAUUUAGUAACGGAUGUAUUGUCUCAGCUACCAGUUGAGGAGGAGGUGGUGUUUUGUGUCAUAUCUAUUUCUUCAUAGUUAGGCUUAUAGAUAGUGUGGCAAGAUGUCCACGUUAACUCUAAUCGGCCAAAGUUAUCUAGGAGGUCAAAGGAAGAGUUUCUAAGAAUCAAUAGUAUACAUUUUGCAAUGACUUGUUGAGAUUCAAGAGUCAAUUGGCUUUACCCCACUCAUCCAUAGUUGUCCAAAAACUAUUCAAGGAAUUUCAUGGCCAAGCAUUAGGGGGGCACGAUGGGUUUCUGAAGACCUACCGUCACAUCUCAAAACAAUUUUAUUUGUUAGGGAUGAAAGGCAACAUUAAGUUGCAUAUCAACCAAUGCUCCACCUACCUCUAUUUCAAGUCCAAUUACCUCACUUCGACAAGUCUUCUUCAAUCAUUACUCGUCUCAAACUGCAUAUGGGAAGAUAUAUCUAUGAACUUCAUUAAAUGUCUUUUGAAUCUAGGAGAUUUGACUCGAUCCUAAUGGUUGUGAACCAUCUUAACAAGUACAAUCAUUUCUCUCUCCUAAAGUACCCAUUUUUAACAGUAGACAUGAUAGUCAUCUUCAUUCAAGACAUUGUGCACUUGUAUGAUUUUUCAUUAUCCAUUGUCACUGAUGAAGGGAGUGUCUUUAGCAAUGCAUUAUGGAGGGAGUUACACUUGCUACAAGGGACCUUGCUCAUUAUGAGUUAUGCAUAUCACUCAAAGACAAACGACUAA